AUGUUCCCAACGAGGUCAUUUGUGGGCCAUAUCUUACAACGACAGUUUAUCGACCUUGGCCGGUCUAACUGCAAGAAAAGCAAGCGAUACAGGUGCCGUCACUGCCAGAAGGAGUUUGCAGCGACCUCUGUUGGGAGGCCGAAAGAGCACCUCGCUACGUGUGACAAAUGGCAAGCUAAGCAGCGACAAGAGCGUCAAGCUCGAGAUAACGCCAGCUAUCUUCCCUCAUAUUCUGAAGCUGUACAAGAGAAAAUAACGGAGGUCGGAGUUCAGCAUAUCUCUCAGGACCAGAGUGGCGCAUCAAUCACUAUCAAUCACUAUGAAGGGGAUAAUGAAAUGAAAUGGCUGCUGAUUAAGCAGGACCACAAUGAUAAUGAUCAUUGA